AUGGCACCAAUUUCCAUGUUUGGACCGGUGCUUGAGGCGGAGUACACCAAAAUAGUCCGCAUUGUGGAAACACAGAUUGAAACCCUGACAUACAAAGCAUGGCGGCGUCGCGAGGUGAUUGAGAAACUUGAAAAUCUCUGCCGCGACUUGGUAUCUCAAGCAGCCUGCGACGAACGCAAGCCUCGCAACCAUCUCCUUGGGUAUGCCCAAUUCCAACGUUUUUCCAUGACUCUCAGACUUUGUUUGCCCGAGGCAAUCCUUGUCCUCACGAGUGACUGGACUAGCUAUCAGAUAAGUAGCCGGACCUUCGACUGGAUGAGAGAGGAUGAUAUUGAACAUACUGCAGCUUGCAUUCUCAAGGAGGCACUUCUCGCUGCACGAUCAACUGACUGGUAUCUUUGA